UAUCAUAUCUCUGGACGCUCGCUAGCUCUUCUAUUUGUCUUUUGUUUUUCUCGUACUUUGAACCGUUUUGGGAUGGCGGGAUGGUGGUCGUGGUUCAAGAGCCUGACGGUGGUCCAUCUGAUCAUGAGCUACAUCUAUUUGUCCAGUGGUAUCCUGGUCAGCUUCCUCAUGCUUGUAGGGAUGGUCAUCUGGCCUUUCAGCAAGACACUCUACCGCAAAUUUGUCUACUUUCUCUCAUACGCACAAUGGAGUCAGUUCUCAUUCAUUGCUCACUGGUGGUCAAAUGCAGACUGCAAGCUGUACAUUUCCCCUGAGGACCAGCGUAUGUUGGGGAAGGAACACUGUGUGUGCAUGGUGAACCACACAUAUGAGAUUGACUGGCUCAUGGCCUGGAUGAUGGCAGAACGACACGGCAUGCUCGGGAACACAAAGGUCUAUGGUAAGAACAUACUACGGUACGUGCCAGUGAUUGGGUGGACCUGGUACUUCUCGGAAAGCAUUUUUCUCAUGCGCGACUGGAAGAAAGACCGUGAGAUUCUCUGUAAAUCUAUCGGAGAAAUUGUCACUUACCCAGACAAUUUCUGGGUUACAUUGCUGCUGUUUCCCGAGGGCACACGUUGGACACCAGAGAAGCAUGCUGCCUGUCAACGUAUUGCCAAGGAGAAGGGUUACCCGGAAUACAAGCACAUGCUCCUGCCCAGAACUAAGGGAUUUGCUCUUUCCAUGGAACUAAUGAAAGGAAAAAUUCCAACAGUGGUGGAUUUGACAGUGGGAUUUCCAGCUAACCAGCCGGAGCCUACAUUCAUGGACGUGGUUGCGGGGAAGAAGGUCACAUGUUCUAUGAUUGCAAGGCGAUACGCCAUCAGUGAUAUUCCGUCUUCUGAGGAGGAGUGUGGCCAAUGGCUCAGAGAUUUAUACAAAAGAAAGGACAAUGAUUUGAUCCAUUAUAAGGAGACAGGAGAGUUUGAAGGUUUGCCUGUGAUCGAUAUUCCACGUCGCUAUUACGAUGUAUGCUGGUAUAUAUUCUGGACCAUAUUCAUGUGCGUGCCGCUAUUCCAAUACCUGACCUAUGUCAUCCUUGCCGCCUCCAUGGUUCACAAACUGAUCAUGGCCGCCAUCAUUGUGGCAUUGAUGACAUUCAUGAAAAUGAUGAUACGCUUCACAGAAGUGAAACAUGGCACGUCAUAUGGCCUCGAACAUAAGAAAUCAAGCAACCAGGAGGGACAAACUCAGACCACUUCGGACAAAAAGCUUCAAUAACCUCUGUGUAUCUUAAUAGAGUUUAAUUUUAUUUAUUUUUAUGCCCCCGAAGGUGGGCAUAUUAAAAUCGCACUAUCCGUCCGUCCUUGUGUCCAGCUCAAUAACUCGUGUCCGGGCUGUAACUUUCCCUUGUAUGGACAGAUUUUAAAAUAACUUGCCACAUGUGUUCGGCAUACCAAGACGACGUUUCGCGUGCAAGACCUGUGUCCCUACCUCUUAGGUCAAGGUCACACUUAGGAAUUUAUUCACAAUGGAAUGCUGCAUAUAAGGACAUAUAUAUAGAGUAUAGGUUGUCGUGUCCGGGCUGUAACUUUCCCUUGUAUGGACAGAUUUUAAAAUAACUUGCCACAUGUGUUCGGCAUACCAAGACGACAUGUUGCGUGCAAAACCCGUGUCCCUACCUCUUAGGUCAAGGUCACACAUAGUAUUUAUUCACAAUGGAAUGCUGCAUAUAAGGACAUAGAGUAUAGGUUGUCGUGUCCGGGCUGUAACUUUCCCUUGUAUGGACAGAAUUUAAAAUAACUUACCACAUGUUUUCGACAUACCAAGAAGACGUGUCGCGUGCAAGAACCGUGUCCCUACCUCUAAGGUCAAGGUCACACUUAGGUGUUUAUUCACAAUGGAAUGCUGCAUAUAAGGACAUAGAGUAUAGGUUGUCCUUUACGGGCUGUAACUUUCCCUUGUAUGGACAGAUUUUAAAAUAACUUGCCACAUGUGUUCGGCAUACCAAGAUGACGUGUCGCAUGCAAAACCCGUGUCCCUACCUCUUAGGUCAAGGUCACACUUAGUGUUUAUUCACAAUGGAAUGCUGCAUAUAAGGACAUAGAGUAUAGGUUGUCGUGUCUGGGCUGUAACUUUCCAUUGUAUGGACAGAUUUUAAAAUAACUUGCCACAUGUGUUUGGCAUACCAAGAAGACGUGUCGGGUGCAAGACCCGUGUCCCUACCUCUUAGGUCAAGGUCACACAUAGUAUUUAUUCACAAUGGAAUGCUGCAUAUAAGGACAUAGAGUAUAGGUUGUCGUGUCCGGGCUGUAACUUUCCCUUGUAUGGACAGAAUUUAAAAUAACUUACCACAUGUGUUCGACAUACCAAGAAGACGUGUCGCGUGCAAGAACCGUGUCCCUACCUCUAAGGUCAAGGUCACACUUAGGUGUUUAUUCACAAUGGAAUGCUGCAUAUAAGGACAUAGAGUAUAGGUUGUCCUUUACGGGCUGUAACUUUCCCUUGUAUGGACAGAUUUUAAAAUAACUUGCCACAUGUGUUCGGCAUACCAAGAUGACGUGUCGCAUGCAAAACCCGUGUCCCUACCUCUUAGGUCAAGGUCACACUUAGUGUUUAUUCACAAUGGAAUGCUGCAUAUAAGGACAUAGAGUAUAGGUUGUCGUGUCUGGGCUGUAACUUUCCAUUGUAUGGACAGAUUUUAAAAUAACUUGCCACAUGUGUUUGGCAUACCAAGAAGACGUGUCGGGUGCAAGACCCGUGUCCCUACCUCUUAGGUCAAGGUCACACUUAGUGUUUAUUCACAAUGGAAUGCUGCAUAUAAGGACAUAGAGUAUAGGUUGUCGUGUCCGGGCUGUAACUUUUUCUUGUAUGGACAGAUUUACAAAUAACUUGCCACAUGUGUUCGACAUACCAAGAAGACGUGUCACGUGCAAGACCCAUGUCCCUACCUCUAAGGUGAAAGAAACACUUAGUGUUUAUUCACAAUGGAAUGCCGAAAAUAGGGACAUAAGAAUGUAGGUUGUCAAGUAUGGGUGUUUUUUUAUGUUCAGAGGCAAUUUAAAAUAACUUGCCAUAUGUAUUUGUUUGAUCUUUAACAUUUCAUGACAUUGUACUGACCAUGUUCAUAGGUCAAUGUCACGUUCGGGGGCAUUCGUCACAUACUGUGACAGCUUUUGUUAAUGUAUAUAUUUUGUUUGGUAUUUGUUGCUUGUUGUAGGUUUUUAGAUUUCAAAUCUUUCUGUUAGAAUAUUCUUGAAACAAUCCAAGUCCAAACAGACUAUUUCCCAAAGAUGUGUGCUUUGCAUUUAUUGCUUUAUAUCACAUAGUAUAUAUACCAGGCUUUACAUAGUCGUGUAUAUACCAGGUUUUACAUACAGUUAUAUAUACCAGGUUUUACAUACACUUAUGUCAUACUCAGGGGUUCUUAAGUUCAGGAUUAAUCCCGAGGUCAGGAUUUAGAGCUUUUUUAUUUCAGACUAUUGUACAGUUGUAAAGAUUAUUUUUUUUGCUAAGACAUUUGCAAGAAGAACUGGUACCUAGAAAUGAAUAUAAAUGAUGUUGGAAACACUUUUAAAAGGGUUCUAAGCCCCCUUACCCUUCUUAUUUUAUUAGCUGUUAAAACCCUUGCAUAGUUUGUUUUAGAUGUAGUAGUGUUUUUGUAUAUUACAUGUAUGCAGUUAUUUAUAUGCAUAUUGUUAUCUGUUGUUUAAAGUAUUAUCUUUCAUGAAGACCUUCGGUUGACAUGCCAUUCUUUGCUGAUGUCUGGAUUAAACUAGUGUCUAUUGAGAAGUUAUGUACCCAAAUGUUGAUGUAAUUGAUAUACAUUUAUGAUUAUCUUUGUAACAUGCAUGGAGCAACAAAAGAUAGCAGAAAAGGGGAGAGAGUGUUAUUGUGGUAAAGGUGUCUGCCACUCACUCUACAGUUUCUGGGUUCAAUCCCCACCAGGGAAACAUUAUCUUGGCCCCCUAAAAAGGACACAGUACUUUGUCCGAUCUAAGCCACAAGGAGAUCCAGGCCCACCAUGGCCUCUCAGAAAGGACACAGUACUGGUUUCUACAAGGGUAUGAGCUUGAGGGAGAUUGGUAUCGGCUUUCAGCUGUUUUCACAAUUGAGCUGAAAUAAAUGAGUAUAAAGCUAAGAUAACAGGAAGAGGAUUGCCCAAAAUACUCACUGAAAUAACUACUUAAAUAUAAUGAAUCUGACACACACACAUGUUGGUUUUAUGUGCAGAAAUAGUAAAAAUUAAACAAAUAAAUCUAAUUUUAAAAGUAAAGCAGCCUUUAGCCUUGGAAAAAUGAGAUGUAGAUCAUUUCACAUGUGAUUUUAGUUGUGUCUAAGUUGAAAUAUAAAAAAAAUACUAUCUACAAUAACUUUGCAUUAUACAUGAGGUUUGGUAACUUAUUUUACAUAUAAGUAUUCGGGAAGCAAUACCCUUUCAAAUGAUACCGAAAUUCCAUUGGUCUUCCACAAGCCAUCAAUUUGUAACAUGGUAAAUGAACUAUCUAUCCGAGAACUAGCUUAUUUGUGGAUUGUAUUCAUUAGAUGAGGGGAAAAGAUAUAAUCGAGCCUAUAACAUUGGCUUUAAAACUUUCUAAACUCAGUGUGUGUGUGAGUGUGUGUGUGUGUGUGUCCGUGCAUGUGUGCGCGAGUGCUUUGUCCCUUAUUUCCCUGUGUAUAUAUAUCCCUAUGGGUGAUACAAUAUGUGUGAUCUGUAUUAAGACUGCAAUGGAAAUCCGGUCAUUGACAAUAUUGUGAUAAUUGUUUGUAGUAUUUUAUAUAUGUUUUAAGUUUGUAGAAAUGAAAUAUGUGUACAUUUAUAAAAGAUCUCGUGUUAUAAAUGGGGUUUUAUCAAAGAUCAAAUGUCUUUUUUAUGAAAGGUAAAAAUGUUAUAUGCGUUUUAGAUUGCAGAUCAAAUGUUAUAUGUGUGGUUUUAUUGAACAUCAUAUGUUAUAUAUGAGAUUAUAUGAAAUAUAUGAUGUUUUAGAUGUUGUUAUGUUUUAAAAUGAAACUUUUUAUGUGUGACUGUGAAAUAUCAAAUGUUAUCUGUGUAAUGCAAUAGAAUAUGUGAAAUGUUUAUAAGUAUCUACCAUUAUGAAGUAAACAUGUAUUGCCACUAUAACAGUCAGUCGGUCAUGGUUUGGCGUAUUUCGGCUUUAUUUAGAUGAAUAAAAAGUUGUGUAUGUGGGCCAGAUUUGUGCUGGGCUAAUGUUGAAUUUGAAUGUGACAAUUUGUAAGGUAACUCCUUUCGGGUUAUGUGAUUGGCUCUGAAAAGGGCCGUUUUGUGGAAAACGACUAUGGAUUUAUAUCCAGUGUCUACUCCAGGUUAUCAGAAGAAUAUUCCGAGUCAGAUCCGGAGACGAUUGGCUCUGAAUAGUCAAAGCUAAUGUAAGUGUGUCUUUUGUCAUUUAUGAUGAACAAUUCGUUGUACUUUUAUCAAGAUCAAAUAUUACAUCUGUACAUUGAUGGCUCUUCCAACUCUAUUGUGAACUGUGUUUACCUUCAUCAGUGAUCUGGGCUGGUACAAUCUGGUCAAAUUAAAAGAAAAGCAAAAUUAUGAAGACAGACAGACACAGACAUGCAUUUUAUUUGACUCAUACAAGUGUACAUAGUCAUAAUACAUAUUGUCAAUUAUUAUAUCAUAUUUACCAGUAAGAUACUUAAAGAUGCUCUUACUCCCAAUAGGAUGUACUACAAUUAAUACAAUUGUUUUAAUUUACAGAACAGGAUGAAUAUAUAUCGAAAACAAUGGUCUUAUGAAGGAUACCGAGUUUAAUUCGAAAAAAAGGUGCAGAAAACACAAUAUUUCUACCUUUUGAGACGAUAUAUAGUUGAUCACUGUAAAUCUGUUACAUGCGUUUGUUUUCAGCUAUUAAAUACAUGGUUACAAUCAUGUUAUCAUUAAUUAAUAUUUCAUAUAAAUGCAUUAUUUAGUAGGUAGUUCAAGUUUUAACACUCAAACAUUAUGUUUGUUAUACAUGUAUCAGUAAUGAUUUUAAAUAGAAGUCCCACUCUAAAUUAGAAAAUUACUUACGGUAGGAUGUUUUAUGAGUACUUGCCCAGUUAGUGUAUGUGUAAAGUGUAAAGAUCGUAUGUUGUGUGUAUGUGUUAUGAUUGUAAUUUUAGGAUACAUAGGAUGUUCUUAAUCAUCAAUUGUUUACAUGAUUUAUUAUACUACUGUAUUUACUUAUACUACUGUAGCUGUAUGUGAAGUACAAUCAAUGAAGUACAGCAUCAAGUGACUGAAAGUAAUUUCCAAUCAAAUACUUCAACAAUCCCCUUAGCUUUACCAGGUUAUUGAACGGACAGACAUGGCACAUUUUUUUUGCAUGAUGUACAUACACUGUUUCAUUAAUUAAAGCAUAUAAUGAAAGUGGAACAAAUGUGAAUGUUAGAUAUAUUUUCCCUCGGUGUCGGGGCCACCAAUCAUUUCCAUUAUUGCGUUUCAACUUUAUUACAGGCUUAAGUUCAAAUCAAAAAUAAGUGUCAAAUUAACGAAAAUAUGACUAAGCAAAUAUGUAAAUUAUAUGAUUGUCAUUUCUAAUUUUCUGACGUUUUUAGUUAGACUGUGUUUGCUUUUAAUUUGUGGCAUACAUGUGUACAACAAUUUCAGUUGGAAGGUUAGCAUUUAUUGUACUGAUAUUUGAACCACUCAACACACGUGUCGUGUCCCGUGUCGUAUGAUUGUUUUUUAACUAUGUAUCUGAGUAGUUAUACCUAUUUCAAGAAUAAUAACAUUUUUUGGCCAGUUUAGAUGAAAUUUAUUUGAUUUUGCAAUUGUGACACUCGCUGAAUAUUUAAUUGAAAUUCUCGAUCCUGCCAUAUUUUGUUUUAUGCUCUUUGAUAAGAUUACCUUUAAAUGUUUAUUUUGAUUCAAUUGUAUUCUUAAAGUUGUAAUCCCACAAGACCGGAUACAUGUGCACAUUCAGAAGUCAACUCAUGUCAAGUGUGCAUUAUCUUUAUACAUGUAUUGCCAUAAGCUUGACUUUUUAUACGCCCAUCUUACGAUGGCCGUAUUAUGGGAACACCCAUGGCGGGCGGGCGGCGGGCGGGCGGGCGGCUCCACAAUGUUGUCCGCUCUCUAACUUGAACAUUUCUCAUCCAAUUUCCACCAAACUUCAUGAAAGUGUUUGUUGGUGAAAUAUCUAGGUCAAGUUCGAUAACCAGCCAAAUCGCUUUAGGCACUCCAGAGUUAUGGCCCCCUGAAUUUGUCAAAAUUGGCCAUUUUAGCUUUGUCCGCUCUCUAACUUGAUCAUUUCUCAUCCAAUUUCCACCAAACGUCAUGAAAGUGUUUGUUGGUGAAAUAUCUCGGUCAAGUUCAAUAACCAGCCAAAUCGCUUUAGGCACUCCAGAGUUAUGGCCCCCUGAAUUUGUCAAAAUUGUCCAUUUUAGCUUUGUCCGCUCUCUAACUUGAACAUUUCUCAUCCAAUUUCCACCAAACUUCAUGAAAGUGUUUGUUGGUGAAAUAUCUAGGUCAAGUUCGAUAACCAGCCUAAUCGCUUUAGGCACUCCAGAGUUAUGGCCCCCUGAAUUUAUCAAAAUUGGCCAUUUUAGCUUUGUCUACUCUCAAACUUGAACAGUUUUUAUCCGAAUUUCACCAAACUUGCUACUAUAAAUGUUUGUUGGUAUAUAUUCUUGGCAAAGUUCUAUAACCAGCCAGGCUCUUCAGGAUUAUGGCCCUUGAAUUGGUUAAAAUUUGCCAUUUUUGCUUUGUCCACUGUCGAAUUUGAACAGUUAUCAUCUGAUCUUCACCAAACUUGCUGAAAAUAUUUGUUGGUAAAAUAAAUCGGUCAAGUAUGAUAAUCAGCCAAAUGCCCCGAAGCACUUCAGGAUUACUGCCCUUGCCAUUUAAGCUUUGUCUACUCUCUAACUUGAACAAUUCUCAUCUGACCUUCACCAAACUUGCUGAAAAUGUUUGUAGCUAUAAAAUCUUUACCAAGAAUGUUUGCCGGUAUAAAUGCUUUGCCAAGUACACACUGAUUGUCUCUUGGGUACGAUUAAGGAUGAAUCAUCUCUUGGAGACGAUUUUUACAUGAAUGUUGUUUUUCAAAUCCCGAACACGUUGAUCGUCUUUGGGCAUGAUUUAUUUGCUUCUUGAAAAGCUUGCUUCUCAAAGGGCCAAUGUGACAGUAAGUUGUCUUAGAAUCCAAGAAAUUAUUGAUGGGCGUAUUUUGUGAGUGUCACUCUUGUUGUAUUUUACCUUUCAUACAUGUUACUGAUACCUGUGCUUUUAUUGUAAUCAUAAUGACUGAAACACAGUAUUCAACAUAACCAA